AUGCUGCUUGGAAAAUUAAGGCCGCUUCUCAAGUCACGCUAUUUAAUCAUACGAGAAAGUAGCGACAGUUCUUCAGACAGAUUUACCUAUUUUAGCUCGAAACCAAGGUUUUUGUACAGAGAGUACUUCGAGCGAGAUGAGAAAGAAGAAAAAAGAGGCCAAUUACUACUAACUGUAUUCUGGGCUUGGGUUACCUACUUUUUCAUUAAUCACCCUGAAGAAGUGGCCACGAUUCACCUGAUCCUAAAACAUUUACUGACGAUGAACUAG